AUGAGUUGUGUGGAGAGUCAAGCGCGACCGAAGCCCGAAUCGGAGCAAGGAGACGCGUGUGAUACUUUGCAGCAAAUCGUCUCUCGAAGCGGGUCCAGUGUCGUCUCGCAUCUGCUUGCCAUCGAGCGACAUGCUUUGGAGGUGCGAAAGGCCCAUGUGUGGGCUGAGAAUCCACUAUGUCUGGUGUACGAAGAAGUAUCGACACGCUGUUUCAAGGUGGUACGCAAUAGAAAUUUGGAGCAACAGUUUGUCGCUAUAUCCUGGACUUGGCAGCCGUCGCCUCACGAGGAUGGACGUUCGGGCGCCUACUUUGCAGAGCAUUCAAAUCCUCGCGGGAUAGAGAGACUGAAGGUUCGAGAUUGUGUACUCGCCCGAGUCACAAAAUACCUUCAGCACAAAGGACUGAAGCUUUUCUGGAUCGAUCAGGUCUGCAUAGACCAAGACGACAAGGAAGCUAAAACAAACGCAAUGAACUCCAUGGACUUGAUCUACAAAAAUGCGAGAAAUACUCUUGGACUUUUGUCCACUCCAAUAGAAUCAACAAUCGAGCUGCGACUGAUGGUUCGCCUAAUGAACGGAGAGCUGACUUUCCAAUCUGCACGUGGCUUAUCUGCCUUUCGACCGCAUAUUAGCAGAGGCACCAUCGAGAGAACCAUUUGCGUCCUCAAACGCCUGACCGAAGAUACCUGGUGGAAGAGAGCAUGGGUCUUUCAAGAAGAAUAUGUCGCUGGCAUCAACAUGGACUUGCUCUUUCCCCUCAAUGUCGUCCGGCUAGGAUGUAGUGGCUAUGAGCGGAUUCCCGGAGAGUUUUGUGUCUCUGCUACCUUCUUCCGCCAACAGACCACCCUCCUGCUACUGGCGUACCAGCAGAAUGGCUCCCGAAGGCAUCGAGCCUCGUGCGAGAAAAUGCUCAAGAUCAUCGGAAAAUACCAGAUUCUACUUCAACAUCAAUCCACCGGAUUCAUGCCGAUGUCAGCGACAAUUCACUCGGAAAUUCAAAGGCGUCGCCUCAAGAAUCCCUGGGACAGACUUGCCAUCGCGGCAAACGCAUGCGAUUAUGGCGUAAGACUGGACCAUCGUGCUCUUUCCGAUCAGCGAUUGAGCAUCGGUAUGAGUCUGCUAGCGCAAUAUCUACUCAAUGGGGAGAUCGUCAUGUUGCACCGCCGAGGUGAAGGCAGAACAGAUGCCGUGCUUGGGACAAGCGCAAUUCGAUGGAUGCAGGACACAAGACUGAAAGGCUGUAAGCCUCCGGCUGGAACGAAACCACUGUCGUUUCUUAGGCUCUGCCGACUUCCCGAAGUUUGCUUCUGUUUCGAUGGCGUUCGCACGCGCGGUCUGAUCUGGCACUUGGAGGGUCGGCAUGUGCUACCGCGUGCGGCAACGCUUUUUUGUCAACCAUGGGCGGCCCAGGAAAUUGAUGACCUCGUCUACAGACUCGGACGUAGGCAUCGACGGCUCGCCGACAAACUCGAUGAUUACGUUCAGAAGCGAAGACGAGGCGUGGAGUUUACGGCAUGCUGUUACAUGGACGCAAUGAUGUGGCAGGUUGUGCAAGCUGUUAACCGAGGCCACCACCUGCGCAUUGGAUACUCGCGAACGCGUAAGUGCGCCGGCGUCUUCGUUCCUGAAUCGCAUGAGGUCCAUCGCGACAUGUACGCAUUCACCGCAUGGCAGUCCGGCACCUUUACCGCUGGUUCUUCCGACAAAUUUGUGUCCUUGAGCGUCAAUGCCAGAUAUAACACCGUGACGUCAGCGCUUGGGUGGAUGAAUGGACUGGUUUUCUUCCGCAAUGACGAUCUCCAAAACGUGACUUUUGCAUGGCCGGAAGGCUGGAAAUCUUGA